CCGCUGCUGCUGGUGGCCCACCCCUUUGCCAGCUCCCUGCCAUCCGCACUGGAGACGCUGGCACGCCUGCAGCAAGACGGGCUGCACGGCCGAGUAGUGUACCUGGGCUCGGGUGCGCAGCAGGACGAAGGGUGGGCCACGCUUCAGAGGGCGCUGCAGGGCGUGCGCGUGUGGCACCAGCUGCACCGCUCCCGCAUCGGCCUGGUGGGCGCGCCCUCCGAGUGGCUGGUGGCCAGCACGCCCAGCGCCGGCGCUGUGGCCUCCUCCUGGGGCCCCUCCCUGGUUGACAUCGACAUGCAGGAGCUGCUCAGCAAGCUGUGGGACGGCGGGCACUGGGAGAAGGGCGAGGUCGACCAGGUGGGUGGGUGGGUUGGCGAGGCCGGCAAGGCUGGGGGGUGCCCCUCGUGCGGUGUGCCCGCCACGGUGGAUGCGGAGCCCGCCGCCAAGGUCUACCUGGCCCUGCGGCAGCUGGUGGACGCACACGCCCUCGCCUGCUGCACCGUGCGCUGCUUCGAUGUCGUCAGCGCCAAGGAGACCACGGGCUGCUACUCGCUGGCACGGCUGCUGGACGAGGGGGUGAUUGCGGGGUGUGAGGGGGAUGUGUGCAGCGCGCUGGGCAUGCUUUGGGGCAAGCUGAUGACCGGCCAGGUGCCCUGGAUGGCAAACGUGGCGCAGGUGGGCAGGACUGGAGGCCGCUCCCCCUCCCAGCGUCCCCACCACGCUCCCUGCCGCCCACUCCUCAUGCGGACCACCACCCAUUUCGAGUCGGAUCGGGGCGUGGCGUUCAAGGGCGCGGUGCCCCCCGGCGCCGUCACGCUUCUGCGCGUGGGGGGGCGGGCCCUGGACAGGCUGUGGGUGGAGGAGGGGUAUGUGCUGGAUGAUCGCCAGGCCCAGGGCACGGGCACGGAGUGGAGCCCGCAGCUGUGCAGGACUCAGGUGGUGAGGCUGCUGGGCGGGCGGCCGGCGGUGGAGGAGCUUCUGGUGCGGCCGCUGGGCAACCAUUUGGUGAUGCUGCGGGGCCACCAGAGGGCGCUGCUGGAGGAGUGGUUCACACAGUUUGGGCCGGGGACAAAGUGA